AUGGAAGGUAUUGGGACAGCAUCUGCGAUAUUACAACUAUCUGGGACAGCCGCCAAGGCGUCUUUGCAGCUUUACGAAAUCAUCGUGACAAUUCGAGAUGCCCCGCGCGAGCUCUGUGUUCUUGGAGAUGACGUAGAGGCUCUGAGCACUCUUCUGUCCAACCUGCAACGAUCUUUGGAGUCUCCCCAGACACAAAAUGCCGUGGACAAAGACUCUGAAAUUCGGAAGGUCAUGGAUGGCCUUCAAGGCCUCAUUAAAAGAUGCGAGAAGACGUGCCAACAAAUAAAAGAAUACCUGAGCUCGUGCAUCCGGAAUGAAAAACCGGACAAAGCCUCAAUUGAGGGCAAGGAUGGAGAUAGUAGUGCAAUCGCCGAGCCCCUACCGUUGAUGGGAUCGAUUAAUAGGGUAGCAUGGCUCUUCAAGCGAAAAGAUGUGUUCCUGCGGGUGUCUGAGCUACAACGCACAAAACAGCUCUUUUCUGACGCCAUGGGCACUCUCACACUGCUUGUUACUCUGAGGAUAUCAGGGAUAUCUGCCGGGCCUGAUGACUCGGCUCCUGCUGUCGGUUCGAAUAGAUGUCCAUUCGAUGACGACGCAGGAUCAGCAAUAGUCCGCUGGGCGACAACGGUCCACUCCCAGAGCCUGUCAGUAAGCAACACAAGCACUACUUCCCCGACUCAAACUCCAUCGCGACCGGCGACGCCCAAGCCGGUCGAUCCUGAGCUCGCGCAGGAGCUCUUUGAAGUCGUUAAACGCGGCUCCAUUCGCCUUGUGGAGCUCUUGCUGGAUUGUGUUGAUAUCAACACCCGGCGGCCUCGAGAUGGCCGCACCGCACUGUCAUUCGCCGCUGAGUUGGGUAAUGUAAACAUGACGAAGUUUCUUCUGGACCACGGUGCCCGAGUCGACAUUCGCCAGUACACCCGUAGCUGUGCAGACAGUAAGGGCCCUACUUUCAUUGGCGGACGCACCCCACUGCACUGGGCAGCGGACUCGGGGGCCUCAGCCAAGGGGGAGAUCAUUAAGCUCUUGCUGGACCAUGGGGCAAAUCCAAAUGCGGCCACUAGUGCAGGCCGACCGGCACUGCAAUUUGUGUGCAUACAAGGUGAUUGCAAGUCAGCCAGAAUCCUCUUGGAUAGAGGCGCGGAUGUGAACUUCAGAACUUUCCAUCAUGGCUGGUGUGCUGUGAGUGAAGCGGCGCAUCACAAUCACACCGAACUUCUGAAGGUCCUCCUGGACUACAAGCCGUUACUGGACGUCAAUGUUGAUCUCAAAGGCGAUCGAAAGGCGCCCUUACACAGUGCUGUCUGCAACCGCAAUACUGAAUUCAUGAAAUUACUACUCCAGAACGGCGCUGAUCCCGAUAUCGGCAUGUUCGAAGAUAACACUCCUUUGCAUCUUGCUGCCGCUAUGGGCUGGUUGGAAGGUAUCAAUAUACUCCUGGAUUGGAACGCCUCGAUCGAUGCGCAGGAUGCUUUUCUCUUUGAGACACCUCUACACAAGGCGGCACGAAACCGGAAGGUGAAAAUAUGUCAGCUUCUGUGCCAACGUGGUGCUGAUCCAGCAGUUGAGGAUAUCGACGGGCUGGAUUAUCAGGCUAUUCUGAAUUGCACGCAGCGGUAUCCUGAUGACUGGAAGGUCAAUCCGGACAAGGUUUAUUUCCUGUCUUGA